AUGCUACGAUGUUUGUACUUCAAGGCCACCUUCCUUGGCGUGAUGGGUGUGGAUCUCCACGUCGCCGAUCUUUUCGACCAAGUUGUCCACUUCGGCGGCAAUCCGCCAUCCGGCUUCGUCUUCGUCGUUGACGCAGAAACUGGCCUGUCCGUAUACCACCCGGCUGCUCUCAGAGAACUCCUCACAUCCUUCCAUCCCCACCCCACACCGCCCAUCCUCCCCACCAAGUCUGUACACGACGACGAUGUUGGUGGUGGUGGACCCAUCUUUGCAACUCCCAGGGUUGCGGACGGGCCGCCGUCCAUCGGUGAGCCGAUCCUUCACGCCGAUGUGCGCCAGCUUGAAAGGGUUCCUGGUUUCGGGACCCGUGUUUUGCCGAGGAUUUUACGAGGCGAAGUCAAUGGCACGGCAGAACUGCUGGUGGAAAUUUUUGCCUUGAUUGCGGCAACGGGAAUUUGGUCGGCCGACGAGGGAUCCCCGGUGUCCGAAGUCGACGGAUCACCUGGCCACUCCCGAGGCAACACGGUGCGUGUCAAGGUUACUUACCGGUGGCGGCGGAUCACCGAUCCCGCCACGCAGUUUGCAGUUGUCAUGCGCUCCUUUGAGGUGGAAAACUCGACCCCGAGUCGUCAGCUGCUGGAACUCACUCCGCCCUUCGAGUCGUGCUACCACCGUCUGGAUCUGUUCAAGAGGGACCAGGCCUGUCUCUACCUCCGCCAGUUGGCUACUUUCAGCUACAACACGGUUUACCUGCCACCGCGUACCUUCAUGCGUCCCUUCGAGCACCUGACGUCAGCCGGCGGGGCCGAGACAGCGGACCAGGUGCGCCACAUGGUUGCCUACCUGACGGACCAGACGUCGCUCAUCUCGAAUCCGGGCCUCGUCGCGGCGCCGCCUGGUGCCCGCACGGCCGUCGCGGUUGUCGAGCGCAUCGGCAAGUUCUGGCGCCAGCGCGGGGGAGCCGGUGGUGCCAGCAAGUUCGGCAAGCACAUCAUUCGACGGUACGUUUCGACGGACACGGGAAUCAUGCUGAUGUGGCCGGGCACCCUCAUGCCGACGAACUACGACGCGACCACUCGUCUGUGGUACCUGCGAGCUGUGCAGAAUGCCGGCAGACUUGUCUUCACCGGGCCCUACCUCGACGACGGUGGCGCCGGCUCCAUUGUGACCAUCUCCUACGCCAUAUUCGAGGGCAACCAAAGCGGUGUGCACACGCCGGGCAUUGGUCGGGUGCAGGCCGUGAUAGCGAUGGACGUGCCGCAUCGCCUCUUCGAUCACCUCCUCGCCACGUGGCUGCCCGCGUGGUGUACGCCGCGCCGACCGAGGCGAGGUGGUGGCAAGAGGGCGAGAAACGACUCCAAGACCCCGGGACUGCCCAUUUCCUCUCUGGGCAGCGCCUCGACGCGAUCCUCCCGCAUCCUCCUGGACAUCCUGCGUGAUCGCGGGAUGCUCGUUGAAGGCAACAGCGAAGGGGAGGAGGAGGGCGACGCGAUCGAGGCAGAAUCGCGCGACCCUACAAAGUGCAUACUCAUGGAUGAUAGGGGCUACCUCAUUGCCCACCCCGGAUUAACCGAACCGAAGAUUGCCGGGCCUCUGGAGAGUGGGCACAUCAAUCAUAGGGAGCCAAUGGUUGCCGCGGAUUUGCUGAAUCACGUGGACUUUGUCAAGAAGAUGUCCUGCGUCUCCCACACGCACCGAUCCCUACAACGCUUCUACGUGUUCAAUACCUCUCACACGGAGCAUCGUCGUCGGAACGACAAAGCCGCUCCCAGUUGCAGAGCGGCGUUUUGCUCGUGUUCCACCAAGGAUCGCCGAUGCCUCAGUUGCGGCAGAAUGGAACAGCGCGAGUGCGAGUGUCCUUGCGAGUGCCCAGUCAGUGUGGGUGUCGGGCUCGUUUCGUCGUCGCCGUCGUCAAACACCACCGCCACCACCUCCGAAGCUCUCCCCGUUUGCGUCCCAUUGAAUCUCCAAGCGCCUCUUCUGCCGAUGCCCAAAGCCGCCACUGCAGCCUCUUGGAAGGCAUUGGCCAGCCUGCCCGACGCUCCUCCGCUCUGCCAGCAGUCUGGAUCGCUUUCGCACCGCGUCCCCGUUGCCUCGCUUCACGAGUGGCUGUUGCUUUUCAACGCAUCGGCUAAUGAAUCGCUUCCGAAGAAUUUCGAUUCCGGAGGGUCACUGGUUCCCGCGUGGGGUCCCGUGGAUUGUGGAACGAUUGGGCGACGCGUCAUCGAGUGCGUCGCGACCAUCGGCUGUGAAUUCUGCUCGCUGAGGUCCGAUGGACAGGCCCUGGAAAACGGCGGAUUUUGCGCGCCAAUGGAUGUCUGCUUCGGUGGCGUGGUCGGCGCCGUCUCUCCCUACAGCAGCGUCACAACCGUUCCACUUAGUUUCUUUCCCUCGGCGCCUACGUCACUUGAGGAAAACUGGCCUUUCCUUUUCCCCCCUCCCCCUUCUCUGCUCCCUCCGGGACACUACAGACACCUCCCACCGAAGACUUCCUCAUCGGCUGCGCAAUUUUACCACUACUACUACUACCACCACCACCAUCACUACUACCACGGCUCUAGCGCCGCCGCAGCCGCUGCCGAGAAUUUAUACGUCUCGCCGUACGCCCUUGCCCGUCACUACUUCCCCGGGUCGCUGUCUAGCGUCGGGGAGGUGAGCGAUGGCAGUAUGGCCGGCUGGAGCAACAGCAUCAGCAGUCCGGUCGGGCCCGUGGCCGGCGCCGUCAUGGCAAUCUUCAUUGUGGUGAUCCUGGGCGUCUACUGCCUGCGCCACCAGACGGCCAAUCGCCUGCGACCUGCGGCCCCUGAUGACGCCCUGCUGUCAGCCGGCACGACGAAUGCGGCACCAGGGCUGGAGGUCGGCAGGGACGGGGGCCCGGAGGGCCAGGGGAACAACUCCAGUCAGUCUGGCAACGGUGGCUUCGGUAGAGCGCGUUCUAGUGAAAAUCCUCCCAACGACGCCACGGACAACGACAAACCACCCCCGGCCGCGGGCGCGGUUGCAAUCACGACCAAGGCCACGGGCAGCUCCUCGGGUGGUUGCGGUGGCGACGGACGCGGCACCUCGGUGUCCGGUGACACCGACAGCGAGUCGGAGCUGGGCGGCCGUCACCGCUCCGCUUUGCCGGCGCCUGCCGAGGCGAGGACCACCGGCGCCACCACAGGUGGUGCAGCAGCCAUCAUAAUCGAGGGCGUGGGUGUCUUUGUGAAGAGCAACGUCUUCCUAGACGACGACGAUGAUGACGAAGACGAUGUCGCCGAGGCAGAAGAGGUGCGAUCGCUUGCCUUGGCCGAGUUCGUCUCAGAUCCGACUGCUGUGAGUCCCUACCGAGUGACCACCAGCACUGCUGUGUCCGCCAAGCGACCAACUCUGGACGACACCGUGACGACGGCUUCGUCCUCGGCUGCGACGACUACAGAUAACGGUUAUGUGAGCAACGAACGGCCGAGCUCUAGCUGCGCCGAAUCCUCGUCCAUCCCCGAUUCGGAGAGGCAAAACGCAGUGGUGAAAGGCGGUGGCGUUGCCGCCGACGCGCACUCACCAACGAGGGAUCCGGACUACGUGGCUGGAGUAGGCGGUGUUGGUGGCGCGGGCAGUGAGGCCUGGGUGGGCACGCUGAUCCUCGGGCCCGGCAUGGACGACGUGAUGUGCGCCGAAGAGAUGGAGCACCAACUGCUGCUUUCCAAGAAGGUACGUCUCGCGUCGGUUGUGAGAAUUGUUUGGUGUUGA